UUACUCUUGUUCGUGCAGGUAUUCUAAAAGGAAACGGAUGAUAUUACUGACAACAUUUUGCAGAAGAAAGAUAAGGAUUUUUAACGAAGUGUAUAAUGGCAUCGAAUAUCACCACGGCAAUAUGUCAAAAGAAAAUCGAUAAUUUAACUGAUGAGGAAUUUGAUUAUUAUCUCGAGGGUCAUUGCGAUCCAGAUAAACCAACUUGCGCCUUACCUCUAACGUCGGGAUUUAUCGCCGUCUACGCCAUACUUAUUUUUGGUGGAGUCGUGUUAAACCUCCUGGUUCUGGUCACGAUAUUUUCCCGAAAUCGAUUGCGAACAGUAACAAAUGCAUUCAUGGUCUCAUUGUCUGUAGGAGAUUUCUUGUUGGCAACUGUGAUUAUUCCCGUGAGGAUAAACGAACGUUACCUCUCGACAAGUUUCGCUGCAACAAGAAUAAUAUAUCCAUGCAUCGGGGUAAUCACCAUACUCAGCCUGAGCUGUUUAACUUUAGAUCGGUAUCUGAAUAUAAUGCACGCUUUGGACUAUGACAGAUACAUGAAUAAGUCGCGAGCUGCUGUUAUGAUUGCAAGUUGUUGGAUCUUUUCCAUUCUUCAAUCGUGCCCGUACUUGUUGAUUCACGAAAGUGAUACGUACAAGAAAGCAAUUUACAACGACGUUCGAGGUAUUCUCUGUUUUGUAUUACCGGCAAUACUUAAUUGUGUCGUUUACACUAAAUUGUUCGUGAUAGCCAAAAGACAUUCACGCCAUAUUGCUGUAACAUCAGCGAGUAUACCUCAUUGCCGCCCGUUGCUGCUGAGACAGGAUAUGAAAAUACUCACCAUUGUUGUGUUACUUGUCGGUACAUUCAUCGUGUGUUGGUUUCCAUUCCUUUUCGCUGUGAGUUACGAACUCCACCAUGAUAACUGGGAACUGAGCAAACCGUUUUGUUUGUUUAUGGAUAUCUCAGAAUGCAUCUUGAUGAGUACGUGUGUGAUAAAUCCUAUCACGUGCGGUCUUUUCAGAAGAGAUCUUCGGACAUCACUGCGCUUUGUUGCCGCUUGUCAACGAGAAAGCGUUGAAGAAAUUGAACUAAGCUAAACUGUAAUCUGCGGACUUUCCUUUUUGGGGAUAGUUGUAUAAAAACGUUGUUAGCGCUAACUCCAGUUAUAAAGUAGUUA